AUGUGCUUCACCCAGAAGACCAUCCACACAGUAUGUGCCCAUUCCGCCGUAGAGCUAAUCGAGUGCAAAAAGUUUCUCGCAAAAAGCGACAAGACUGACCGCAAUGCCUGCAUCGUACCUCUCUGCCAACACACCCAGGCCCUGGCCACAGUCCUCGGCUUCUGCCAUCACUGCGAGGUAGUCUACAAAGACGUCGACGUCUCCUCUGUCAGUGCCUCGGAGCUGCUCGAAAAUUACUGGAAAUUCAAGGCCGUACAGAAAUGGCACCACCCCGUCGAUCCUCUUAUGAUCCCCGCCUCGGCGCUUACAGAAGCGAGCAUGGAGCUUUCCUCAUCGUGGUACACCUUCGCACGAAAUGAAAAGGAACUAGGAAAAGACAUGGUAAUGGCUACUUCCGUGCAGUCACUGGUCCAUGCCCUUGGCGAGCCCAUCACACACCCUUCUUGCGAUUUGUGCCGGAGGAAACAUCGCACGGAUGUCUGUCGGAUGGCAGUUGGUGGACAGAGGGCGACUGUUAGCUGGGCU